AGGAGGCCCAGAGAGGAAGGAGGCGUAGGCUGAGGAGGAAGAGGGAGGAGGGGCAGGGAAGUCCUGGCGGAGAAGAGGCUCAAGACGCCAAAGGAGACAACAGGAGGGUGCGCUGGAGCUCCCCCGCCUCCCAACGGCCGUUCCGGAUCCCUUACGGCGCAAGUCAGGCAGAGUCGGAGGAAAGGAGGAAGAGACUUUUAUGUCGGCAGACAGAGAAGCUCUACCCGUCACCGUUGCCUCACAUCCGGGGCUUUGGAGGGCUGGCCCCGCGGCCCCGCCCCCCCCCAGCCUUUCAUGGCGACCGGAGGCGGAGGCUGGAAGAGCCGGGCCUGGAGGAGGCCCCUUUAAAUCUCCUUAAAGGGGUGGCCGGUGAACUCGGCGACUACAACGGCAACCUUAAAGGGAAAGCCAUCGAACAGAAGCUGACAAACUGAGAACUGUGCUGUUGGGAGACCUGGAGCGAGUGGGGAUUCUCACCUCCUUUUCUCCUCCACGCAAGAAGUUCUUUAAACUCAGCUUAAAGGGGAAGUGGCCGCUUGGUGGAGGACCAGAAACUUAACUCCCGAGUCCUUAAAGGGGCGGCCUGCUGUUUGGAGGACCCUGGACUCCUUAAAGGGGUGGCCUCUUUUAGCCGGAGGACUGGAGACACUUUUAAAGGGGAGGUCUGCGUUUCGGGGCGAGCUUUCGGUCCCUUUUAAAGGGGUGGCCCUUCCUCUUCCUCGGGGAGACUUGUCUCGACCCCUGGCAGGGGGCGACCACCGCACUAGGCCGGCUGGACACCAUCGGGUCGUCUUAAAGGGGUCAGGGGCUGGACAACUUGAGGCCUCGCCUUAAAGGGACGGCCGCCCUGUUUUCGCCUUCUCGGCCCCGCCGGCCCCACAGGGGGGGCCCUCGGGCUUGUCGCCCCGGGGGCGGCGCCGGCUCCCCGGGCUUUGGCCUUGGGGCAAGCUCGGGGCCAGUAGAUCCUGCUUUAAAGGGGAAGCCGUGGCCUUUUCGUCCCUGUGCAGCCGCCAGCGCCGCGCCUGCGACCCCGGGCCUGCGGACAGGCCGCUUCGGGCCCCGCCGCCUCCGGAUGCGGCGCUGAGGGCGGUCGCCAUGGAGACGGCAGCGGCCGCGGCUCCGGGCCCGGGCUGGGCCGCCGAGGGGGAGCGGCGGCGGCGGCGCUGCUCGCGCCGAGACCGAGACCGGGAGCAGCGGCGCCGCCGAGGUCCCGGCGGCGAUGCGCCCCGGGCCCUGUUGGCCGCCCCGCGCGGCUCCUCGUCCUCCUCGUCGCCGCCACCGCCCGCCAGGCCUUGGUCGUCAGCUUCGUCCGGAGAGCGGCCCGGAGGCCCGAGACGACGGCGGCCCCGUCCCAGGCCUCGGCCCCCGCGACCCCGAGCUCGGAAGCGGCCUGCCGGCUCGGGCAGCCGCGGGGAGGAAGAGGAGGAGGAGGAGGAGGGGGGCGCAGACGACGGGGAGGCCGAGGAGGAGCCUGAAGAGGAGGAAGAAGAGGAGGAGGAUUUGAUCGAUGGCUUCGCCAUCGCCAGCUUCGCCAGCCUUGAGGCCUUGCAGAAGGAUGCAUCUCUUCAGCCCCCAGAGCGACUGGAACAUCGGCUGAAGCAUUCUGGGAAGCGGAAGAGGGGGGGUUCCAGUGGGGCCACUGGGGAGCCAGGGGACAGCUCUGAUCGGGAGCCUGGCCGGCCCUCUGGGGAUCGGGCCCGAAAAUGGCCCAAUAAGCGGAGAAGGAAAGAGGCCUCCUCCCGUCAUUCUCUGGAAGCUGGAUACAUAUGUGAUGCAGAAAGCGAUCUGGACGAGAGGGUCUCCGAUGAUGACCUCGACCCAUCCUUUACUGUCUCAACCAGCAAAGCCUCGGGCCCCCACGGCGCCUUCAAUGGGAACUGUGAAGCAAAACUCUCCGUAGUCCCUAAAGUGUCGGGCCUGGAGCGGAGCCAGGAACAGCCCCCAGGGCCCGACCCGCUGCUAGUGCCUUUCCCCCCGAAGGAACCACCGCCUCCACCGGCCCCUCGGCCUCCUGUCUCACCCCCUGCAGCCCUGCCGGCCGCCCCCAGUCUGCCACCCCCCCCACAGCCCCAGCUGCAGCUCCGGGUCUCGCCCUUCGGCCUCCGCACUUCUCCCUACGGCAGCAGCCUGGACCUCAGCACUGGCAGCUCUUCACGGCCGCCCCCCAAGGCCCUGGCCCCUCCCGUGGCUCCGCCUCCCCCCUCAUCAUCCUCUUCGUCCUCUUCCUCCUCAUCUGCCUCCUCCUCGUCCGCGCAGCUCACCCACCGGCCCCCGACGCCCUCACUGCCCCUGCCUUUGUCCACCCACAGCUUCCCCCCACCCGGGCUGCGGCCCCCCCCACCCCCCCACCACCCCUCCUUGUUCUCCCCUGGCCCCGCCCUGCCCCCACCCCCACCCCUGCUGCAGGUGCCAGGGCACCCUGGGGCCUCAGCUGCUAACGCCCUUUCUGAGCAGGACCUGAUCGGCCAGGACCUGAACUCUCGCUACCUGAAUGCCCAGGGUGGCCCCGAGGUGGUGGGGGCAGGGGGCUCGGCCCGGCCCCUGGCCUUCCAGUUCCACCAGCACAACCACCAGCACCAGCACACCCACCAGCACACCCACCAGCACUUCACCCCUUAUCCCCCGGGCCUGCUGCCACCCCACGGCCCCCACAUGUUUGAGAAAUAUCCAGGAAAGAUGGAAGGCCUUUUCCGGCAUAAUCCGUACUCGGCCUUCCCUCCCGCAGUGCCCGGCCUACCUCCGGGCCUCCCGCCGGCUGUCUCCUUUGGCUCCCUGCAGGGGGCCUUCCAGCCCAAGAGCACGAACCCCGAGCUGCCACCACGACUGGGGCCAGUGCCAAGCGGGCUUCCCCAAAAGGGGACACAGAUCCCCGACCAUUUCCGGCCACCUUUGAGGAAACCAGGGAAGUGGUGUGCCAUGCACGUGCGCGUGGCUUACAUGAUCCUGAGACACCAGGAAAAGAUGAAGGGCGACUCCCACAAGCUUGACUUUCGGAACGACCUCCUGCCCUGCCUUCCGGGGCCCUAUGGGGCCCUGCCCCCUGGGCAGGAGCUCUCCCACCCGGCCGCCUCCCUCUUCACUGCGACUGGUGCCGUCCACGCUGCAGCCAACCCUUUCACGGCAGCUCCCGGGGCCCACGGACCCUUUCUGAGCCCCAGCACCCACAUUGAUCCCUUUGGGCGUCCCACAAGCUUCGCCUCCUUGGCUGCCCUCUCCAACGGGGCCUUUGGAGGCCUGGGCAGCCCUACAUUCAACUCCGGCGCCGUGUUUGCCCAGAAAGAAAGCCCAGGGGCCCCACCAGCCUUCGCCUCCCCCCCAGACCCAUGGGGCCGCCUGCACCGCAGUCCUCUGGCCUUUCCUGCCUGGGUCCGGCCCCCUGAGGCCGCCCGGACACCAGGCUCAGACAAGGAGCGGCCUGUGGAGCGGAGGGAGCCCUCUCUCCCCAAGGAGGAGAAAGACAGGGACCUCCCCUUCUCACGGCCCCAGCUCCGCGUUUCUCCCGCUACUCCCAAGGCCCGGGCUGGCGAGGAAGGGGCCCGGCCGGCCAAGGAGUCCGUGCGGGUAAAGGAAGAGCGGAAGGAGGAGGCCGCCGCUGCUGCCGCCGCCGCUGCCGCCGCCGCCGCUGCCGCCGCCGCCGCCGCCGCCGCUGCCGCCACGGCCGGGCCCCAGGGCCUUCACCUGCUGUUCGAGAGGCCGCGGCCGCCCCCCUUUCUGGGCCCCAGCCCCCCCGAGCGCUGCGCUGGCUUCCUGGAGCCCACCUGGUUGGCAGGGCCGCCUCGCCUGGCCAGGCCGCCCCGUUUCUAUGAGGCCGGUGAGGAGCUGACGGGCCCCGGGGCCGUGGCGGCCGCCCGCCUCUACGGUCUGGAGCCGGCCCACCCCCUGCUGUACAGCCGCUUGGCGCCCCCGCCGCCGCCGCCGCCACCGCCGCCCACCGCGGCCCCGGGAACCCCUCACCUUCUCAGCAAGACACCCCCAGGAGCCCUUCUGGGCGCACCACCUCCACUGGUGCCCGCCCCCCGGCCUAGUUCCCCACCGAGGGCCCCUGGCCCAGCCCGGGCUGACAGGUGAGGGGAGGGGAGGGACGGGGGAGGGGGCAAAGCUCCGUUCCCCCUUUCCUUUUGACAAGGUCCUAGAGCUGAGGUUUCAAGCCAGGGCUGGAGGGCAAAGGUCACGACCUCACCAGCCACCUCUGAGGUCAUGGAACCUGGGAGCAGAAGCCCCCACCCCCACAAGACCAAGCAUCAGAUGGACCUUGGGGUCACCGGGAGGGCAGAGGUCACAAGCCUCUAGAGAGAGGUGUGUGUGUGUGUGUGUGUGUGUGUGUGUGUGUACAUGAGAGGUGAGAGUGGGGGUCAUGUCAGAGGUCAUAGCUCGUGAUCUCCUGAGGUACACCAUCCCCCCCUCUGAGGGCCCCUAGGCCCUUGGCCUGCCUCCCCAAGGGCUCACUAAGCCAGAGGCCAAAGUGCCCCCCUCCCCUUCACCUACCACCCAAGUCCUCAUGCCCUCUCAGGGCUGGGGGAGGAGGGGCUAACGGAAGGGGGGUUCCAUGUACAUAUUUAUCUCCCCUUCCACAUAGCCCCCCAGACCUUUUGUACAUUUUUACAGGGGUGCCCCUCCCAAUAAUCCCCCUUCCUGGUUAAUUAAAUCCUCAGACUGGUGCUGUGUUCCUAGCCUCUGGCCUCUCUGUGGGGGGAGGGGGGAUUGUAGAGGGAAGAGCUGGGAGGGGACAGGCCGGAACCCAGGGCUUUUAUCCCUGGGAAUAUGGAGUCAGCAGGAGACAGAGCAACUCGGGAAGGGACCUGGGUACCUAGGCUGGAAAGAAGGGCAGAUGCUUCCUGCUUGGCUGACAGCCCAGGUCCGCCCCCCACCCCCCCACUUGUUCCUGUUACCUCUGUGUGCCACCACCCCCAAAAGGCUCAAUCUCUAAGCUUCAGCCUCUUAGUGGCUCAGUUCCCCCUACUCCAUUUCCAAGUGCCCCCAGGACUCCUGGGCCCUGCCCUCCAGAACCCUGUUCCCCAGAACCCUGCCCUAGGCUGGGGAGGCGGGCAGAGAAGGUCACCAUGUACCACACACCAAAGAAGGGGGUCGGCCCGGGGGCGGGCCACACAGGCAGCUCCUUCAGCAGCCUCUCAGCGGCAGCCCCAGCCUUCCCAAAGCAGCAGGCACCCCCAGGCUGGGGCCCGACCUAGAAGGCAGGGCUCAGUUUAACAGAAACGUAACGUUGACUUUUUUUCCCCCGCUGGGGCUUAUUCUGUAACAUGACUUGCGGAUAUUUAUAUAAAAACGAGUGUUACAAUGAG